GUUAACAACAAGAAGCUCAUCGACAAGUAAAACAAAAAACAAUGUACGAGUUCGUUUAGCUGCCUCCGGAUAAAGAAAAAGGUAGAGUCUCAGACUCAUAGUCUCAUCAUGGCGUCCAUGCUUGGGUUUUUACCAAACCAUUCUCUGUACUCUCGAACGCUAUGGGCCCCUUCGGUCUCCAUAAACCAUUUUGUAGCUUCACCUUCACAUACUUCAACUGUUUCAUAUUUAUCCCCAAACAACACCCAUCAGCUGAAGCUCAAGCAUUUCCCACAACCGCAAGCAUCUUCUUCUGAAGGAAUUCCUGGUGAUUUAAUUGAAGACUCAAAGUUUGUACCUUUGAAUGCUGAGGAUCCCAGAUAUGGUCCACCUGCUUUAUUGUUAUUGGGCUUUGAAGUGGAAGAGGCCAUGAAGAUACAACAGCUUUUGAAAGAGUUGGAUGGUGAAUUCCUUGAGAUUAUUUUUUGUACUGAAGACAUGAUUACUCGUCCCCUUUGGGAAGCAAUGAAUACAAGGCAGCCCCAUUUGGAAGCAGUAAAGGUAGCCAAGUCACUGCCACGGAUCUGCUUCUUAUCUGGUCUAAGUGGAGAGGAGAUGAUGGUGUUGAUUGAUGCCUUUCCAGAAACUGGACUAGAACCAGCCGUAUUUGCGGCACUUGUUCCCAAUAGUGCUGAUAAGCCGCUCCAGGAGUUGAUAGAAGAGAUUAUGGGGGACCAUGAAAUGCUGACUGCAAAGCAACCCAGUUCGACAUAGGCAUAUCCAAAUCAGAUGUCUGCAAGAGUAUCACUUUUCUUCAUGAGCUCGAUUGUUUUAUAUAGUGUUGUGGCAAAAGAUCAUCUAGUUUUCAGUUAGAAAAACGUAUCUUAUGUUCUAUAGCAGGAAAAGAGCAUAUAAGUAAAUAUGAAGCUUUGUACGUCAUUAAAACUUCAAAUGAUAUCCUAAUCUUCUUAUGAUGUUGACAAUGAUAUCUGACGCCUCUUAUGAUGUUGACACCAAUGCACGUGUAAAAUUCAAGCAACUCUAGAAGCUGAAAUGGAUACCUUGUCUUUACAUU